AUGUUGCCUCCCUCAGAUAGGUUGAAGGGUCUCAUGUUGGACUCCUUACCGGCUCAUGUCUUUGUGGCCUGGCCAACCACGGGAGAAAUAAUGUGGGUCAACGGCAGGUACCUGUCAUAUCGAGGUCAGACUGUUGCUGAUCUCAUUCUUGAUCCUUGGGGGUCUGUCCAUCCUGAUGACCGAGACGACUAUAUUCAAAAGUGGUCUCAUUCGUUCCGUACAGGCGAACAGUUCGCAUACACCGUUCGCCUUCGUCGCUUCGACGGCGUUUAUCGAUGGCAUCAAACCCGUGCUGUUGCAUCAAAGGAUAGACGGGCAAUCAUUGUCCACUUCAUUGGCUCGUACAUGGACAUCCAUGAUCAAAAGGUCGCCGAGUUGGUGGCAGCUCAACAGGAGGAGAUAGAAGCAUCUGAAGCUAAGCAUCGCUUGUUGGCCAACUUGAUCCCCCAGAUCAUCUUUGCUGCUACCGAGGAACAUGUAAUCACUUUUACAAAUGAACAGUGGCUUUCGUAUACCGGACAAAGCUUUGAAGAUUCGCUUGGGGUGGGCUUCAUAGACUUUGUCCACCCUCAAGAUCUGGCAAUAUGCAGGAUAUCAUCAGAGAGGUCGGGCAGUGGCUCAAGCUUCUCCUUGCCCUCUACGGACCUUAGUGAGCUAGUAAAGAAAGGCAUUAUCAAGGUGGUAACUGAUAGCACCGGGCGUCUUUCUUACACGACUGAGAUUCGGCUCAAAUCUAAGAUUGGAGAAUAUCGCUGGCAUCUAAUCCGAUGUGUGGAGACUAAUAAUAUCAACUUUGGCACCGGCGAGUGCUCCGACUUCGGCUCCGCCACCGAUAUCAAUGAUCACAAACUUCUCGAGGACCAGCUCAAAGAAGCGAUGGAGUCGAAAGGACGCUUCCUCAGCAGCAUGUCACAUGAGAUCCGGGACACCUCUGAUAGGCAUUUCGGGCAUGAUCUUUCGAAGGUUGACGCUGGGAUGAUGAAACUGAACUUCGAAUGGUUCCAUACUCGAUCCCUCAUUGAAGAUGUCAACGAACUUGUCUUUACGAUGGCUACAACUAAGCGACUCGAGCUAAACUAUGUUGUCGAGCAAGACGUGCCUUUGUGGGUUAAAGGUGACAAAGCCCGCAUUCGUCAAGUGUUACUCAAUGUGAUUGGCAAUGCUAUCAAAUUUACCAGCCAAGGCGAGGUUUUCAGUCGGUGCAUGGUUACCCAACGCCAAGAGCAAGGUGAUCACACCAUGCUGGAAUUUUCCGUCGUUGACACCGGUCGCGGUUUCACGAAAGAUCAGAUCGAUGGAAGCAGCACUCGCCAACACGGUGGUAGUGGUCUAGGUCUGGUAAUCGCACGACAACUUGUAGAACUCCACGGUGGGGAAAUGGAUGGGACUGCCGUACCGGGCAAAGGCUCGAUAUUCACGUCCAAAAUCCUCCUGGCUCACGCUGGCGAUUGGGCCAAAUACGUGGGCAACCAAGCGCGCGUAGUGGUACCCUCCUACGGAGUGGUUAUCCACGGUGUACCUACCGUAUCCUUCGACCCAGCGCACCAAAAGGAGAUGGCCACGCAACUAAAGACCCUGAACGCUGGACUUAUCCAGCACGACAAGAUCGCCUAUAUGGGCUGGCUCACUCGGGAGGGAGCUACCAAGACCAUCAGUUCCAUUAUCGUAGAGUUCAAUACCCCUGAAGACAAGCUCAUCCACGCUGGAUGCCUAUGGUCCAACGAGACCCACGCUGUGGAGAGAUAUGACAGGUCUUGUAGGAUCAAGCAAUACCUCCGCUGUCAAAAAUACGACCACAUCACGACCCAAUGUGCUGCUGAAUCAGACAUCUGUGGCUACUGCGGGGUCACACCUCCGGCCGCGACCACUCUGUUGGACACCUCCAAUAUCGACUUCAAUUUCUCAGGCCCCAACCGAUCCCGUCGACUAAGGACCACCACCCACGCCACGGCGGCCGCCAGGGCCCGUAGAGCCCUCAGAGUGUCGGACUCAGAGCUCGACGAUGAACUGGUUAUAGCAGCCCCGAGGGUCAACAUGGCCGGAGACGGCCCUGUACCGAAGAAAAGGAAAAGAAGGAUGGAUCCGGACUCUACCAUCCACGGACUGACCCCCGGGAAGCCCAGCUCGGCUCCAGGGGUCACUCGGCCCGAGACAACACGGAGGCGCACGUCUUCUACCAGGCUCUCGCAACGCUCCAUAUCAGCCGCCGGGAGCGUUAUGGAUGAAGAUAGUUUAGUGGUCUUAGACCUCCCAGACCCAAACAACAACAACACCAACAAUGAUAACACACCUACACUUCGCAUCUUACAGAUCCUGAAAUACGAUGUAAUCGCCAUCCAAGAGCCUUGGAUCAACCCACUGGAAUAUAACAGCCAUAACCCGAUGGCUUCCACUUUCACCCUUUGGCUGCCAAAGCCGGACACCAAACCCCCGGGCGUAGCCUUCUACGUUAAUAAAAGGCUGGACCACUCCUGCGUGGCCGUUACUAGCCAUACCAGCAACCUGGCCACAUUAGCCAUCACUUAUAACACGGCCACUACGGCUACCGACACUUCAAUCGACAGCGCUGCGACCCUUGAUUCAGGGACUUCCAACGCUCCACCAAACCACGCUACAACCCCUAACGCCACAGCCCACACUGCACCCCACGCUACAGCUGUAACUAUCAACGCUACAACACCACAACCCAAUACACUAUACAUCCACAAUAUAUAUAAUCAACCCCCUGAUGAUAAGCCGGCCAGCAUCCUUCAAGACCUGGCAGCUAUCUUACAGGGUAAGCGCGGGCGCGAGCAAUUAAUAGUCGGCGACUUCAAUAUGGAGGGCCCUGAGGAGUUCCUAGAGACCGAAGCCCUAGAGGUGGCCCUUCCUCGGGGGACCAUCAUACGGGAAGAGGGCGAUUCUCUCUCCACCAUCGACCUAUCCACCUACAACGAAGCAGUAGCGACCAAGCUGGCCGAGUGCAGGAGAGCGGAUGAGCUGGGCCACGAUUCGGACCACUGGCCUAUCCAAAGUACCCUAAUCUACUGCCCUUCAUGGCUCCAGCACGGCCAAAAAAUCAACGCGGUAACAGUACAGUCCUUUCGAGGAAUGACGAAGCAAAUCACAAUCUGA